GGCGGCGGCGGGAGCGCGCGGGCCGCGUCCCGCUGGGAUGGGCUGGGAUGGGAUGGCAUGGGCUCGGUUCGGCUCGCUGUGACACCUGCCUCGCACAGCUUCGCUGACAGCACGCUCGGAUCAUAAAGUUGCCCCCCCAGAGCGCUGCUUUUGGCUGGGGCCGCGUUAAUUUUCUUCACAGCGGCCGGUACGGGGCUGUGUUCUGGAUUUGUGCUGAACAAAGUGGUGAUGAUGAUGAUGAUGUGAUGUUUUUGUGAUUGCUGGGCAGGGCUCACGCAGAGCCGAGGCCUUUUCUGAUUUCUGUGCUGCCGGGCUGGUGGGGAGGCUGGGGGUGCCUGGGAGGAGACACAGCCCGGACAGGUGACCCCGAGUGACCAAGGGGACAUUCCAGACCAUGGAACAUCCUGCUCGGUGUGUAAGGCAGGGGAAGAAGGAGGAAGGGGAGGAUGUUUGCCCUGAUGCCAUUUGUCUUCCCGAGUCACCGUGAGGCCCGCGGCGAGGGCAGUGCAAUGGCUCCCACGGUGAAAGAAUGCCUGGAGCUGCAGCUGCUGGAGGUGGAAAUGCUCCUGUCGAUGUUCCCCAAAAGAGGAGAGUUCACUCUGGAUGCGGAUGCCGUGCCCAGCAUCCGGCGGUACCUGGGGAAUGCUGAGGGAGCCCUGCCCCCGCAGCUGGAAUAUCGCAUCGCUCUCGAUGUGGGGGAGGCGAAGGCAAAGGUGGAAUUGCAGGUUCUCCUGCCUCAUAUGUACCCUCAUGUGGCUCCUCAGCUUUUUGCCAGAUCAGAUGCUCUGCACAGACAGCAACAGUUGCAGCUCAACACGCGUCUCAUGUCUCACAUCAGCUCUCUGGAUCCAGGAGAUCUGUGUGUAUGUGAGGCUGUGCAGUGGGUGAAGGACAACACCCUGCCCUUCCUGGAAACCUGUCAGGCCUCGUCUGAGUGUGCUCCUGAAGAAGUCAGGGUUAAGGAAAUGCUGCAUCGCAUGUGGAUCUACAGCCAUCACAUAUACAGGCAGGAACUCAGGAAAAAGAUCUUUGACUGUGCUAAGAAGUUAAAUCUGACUGGCUUCUGCCUGACUGGGAAACCUGGUGUCAUCUGUGUGGAGGGACUCCAGGAAAACUGUGAGGAGUUCUGGCGUGUUAUUAGAUAUCCCAACUGGAAGCAUAUUUCAUGCAAGCAUGUGGAGAAUAUAGAAACAGAGGGAAGCAUUGAUAACCUUCGUCUCUUUCACAGUUUUGAAGACCUGCAGUUUCAGGCACAUGGUGAUUAUGGCCUGAGGAAUGACUAUCACAUGGAUCUUGGCCAGUUUCUAGAAUUCCUAAAACAGCAUCAAAGUGGACACAUUUUUCAGAUUUUAUUUGGUGUUGAAGGCAAACUUUCAGACAAUUGAGAGAAACUGAGUUCUAAUUCUGUAGAGCAAGAGGUGUUGCUAACACUGAAAUAUUUUGCCUUACAGCUACUGUGAAAAAGGAAACUUUUAACAUCUGAGAUGAAUGGUUAAAGUAGUUAAUCCCAGCUUUUGUGCUAAACUGCCAUGAAUUUUUGAGACGUGUUCACUAAUUUUUUAAGACUCUAAAACUGGCAGUUGUCUCUGUAAGCCAUGCCUCAAAGCACUUGCAAGGUGAUAAAUAUUCCAGUGUGUCAGGAAUUAUACACUUCUGUCUUCUCAUCUGUACUGUGCUGUGUGAGUUUAUUCCCAUCUCAUCUGAACCUACUCUCUUACAGUUUAAAACAUUCCCCCUGUCUUGUCAUUAUAUGCACUUGUAAAAAAGUCCAGCUUUCUUGUAGUACAGGUCCCUUCGGGUACUAGAAGGUGCUAUAGGUCUUGCCAAAGCCUACUUCUUCUCCAGGCCGAACAAUCCCAUUUCUCUCAGGCAGUUAUCUAGGAGAGAUACUCCAGCCCUCUGACCAUUUUUUGUGGCCCUCCUCUGGACUUGCUCUAGCAGGUCUGUGUGUUCCUUUUAUGUUCAUUUGGGGUCUCACAAAAGUGGAGCAGAGGGUGAGAAUCACCUCCCUCAGCUUGCUGGUCAUGCUGCUUUUGAUGCAGCCUAGGGUACAGCUGGCUUUCUUGGUUUCAACUGCACAUCACUGACUCAUGUUGAGCUUCUUCUCUACCAGUGCCAAGUCCCUCUCCUCAGAGGUGCUCUCCACCCAGUCUGUGUUUGUGCUUGGGAUUGCCCCAACCCAGGGGCAGGACCUUGCACUCAGCCUUCAGCACCACAAGGCUUGCAUUUCCCACCUCUCCAGGUCCCUCUGGAUAACAUCCCUUCCCUCCAGUGUGCUGACUGCUCCUUGCAGCUUGGUGCCACCAGCAGACCUGCUGGGGGUGCAGUUGGUCCCACUGGCCGUGUCACCAACAGCCAUGUUAAUACCAGCCCCUGAGGAAUGCCACUGCCACUGGUCUCACUUGGACACUGAGCCAUUGACUGCAACUCUUUACAACCAACCACCUGACCUACCCAGUGGUUCAUCCAUCAAAUCCAUGUCUCUUCAGUUAAGGAUGUCAUGAGGCAAAGUGUCGGUCCGGUUAUGUUAAUAACAAUUUUUCAUCUGUUCAGUUUGUGGCAUUUUAUGUUUACACUCUUAGGCCAAACACCUUGGAAAUGAAAAUAGGUCAGAUGAGACAAAGUUUCGUUUUCCUCGCUACAUUACAUAAGAAAAUACAUGUAUAAUACAGAAAAUAGGAAAAAUCCCCUAUCUAUAUAUAUAUACAUAUAUUUUUUUUAAUAUGACAUAAAAAUACAAAUAACUUGAAGAGUCCUUUCUAUGUCAAAUUAGUGUGGAGAGAAUUUUCCAGCAGCUUGUAGUAGGCAAUGCUGUUAAUGGUUCAUUAGGCAGUGUUUUACUGCAGGGAAGCGUGCUGAGUGUGGAUGUGGAUGGUGAGUGUUCCAGUUUGUAAUGCAUGAUCAUAUUUAAAUAUAAUAUGUAUAAUAUAAUGUGUAUCAAUAUGUUUCAAUAUAAUAUAUAGUUAAAGAACACUACUGAAAAGUCCCCUUGAAGGAACAGCAGCCCACCACCUCCCACUCUGUGCCUGAGUGCCUUCAUGUGAAAAAGCAGACUCACUGCUGAGCUGCACCACUCCAACACCCAGGCACUCAGCAGCACCUGGUUAAAGUGUGUUUCAGCACACUUAGCUGAUGAGAACAUAAAUAACAGAUAUUACUUUAUUUCAAAUUAAGUACAGGGAAGUGUUUUAAUACCCUUCUCACAAUAGCAAUACAUUGAAAUGCAGAGGAUGGCAUUGAAAUGCAGAGUGUUUCUGGUUGCUCAGAAUAUGAUUAAUGUAUUUUUCUUCACUGUGGUAGGUUGUGAUAAGUGUACUGUUGUGUGAUCGUAACUUCUGCCAAAAGCACAGUGAAACAAAAAUGUUGACACGUUCCCAUUAGGCAGUGAGGGAGCAAGUGCCUCUCUUUCUGAAUCUGGGACCUGUAAUCUGCAGCUGUGACAGAGCUGAGGGGCCAGACAAGUGAAAUUAGUAUUUGGUUUUCUAGAGAUAAUCUCUCUAGUAAAGAUUAGAGAGAAACAGAUGGUAGAAAAAAUGUUUAAGUAACCUUUGUUUCCAGAACCAUCCAGAAAAUAUUUUACAUUUUUCUUGGAGUGUUAAUUGUUACCAACUAAUAAUUCCUUAAAGUCUAUUCCUGGCAUUUUGAUGCCUCCCUUUUUGUCAGGAACAUGGAGUUCAAGAAAUUAGCACAAACAUUUGUAAUGGAUCAGAACAGUGCUUAUCUUGGUGGGGGAAUUAAAUCCUUGAUCUUACACAGGACAUCACCUUAGCUAAUGUUAAAUGUUAGUAUUGUUAAAUGUUAUUGUUAGUAGUGUUAAAAUGUUCUGAUUAGAUGUGAACAAAAGGUUCUGCAGAUUUGGUUCUAGAAAAUUUUCAUUUCGUAACUCCACACAAGAGUGAUCAGUAAACAUUUUCUCUGGAAUAAAACAUUCUAACCUUAUGGUUGUUUAAAGUUUGGGAUUUUUUAAAAAAUAAUAGGUUUACAAAUUAUGCAAGUUACACUGUGACUGUAAUGGAUAAAAUAUCAAAUGUAUUUUUAAAUGCCCA